AUGUCUUUAACGAAUAGGCAAAUUACCGGCAAACUAUCAAGAAAAUCAGAUGAAUUUUAUUUGAAGUUUCAAAUCGCAAAAGCUGAAGUCAACGAACUGAAAGAAAGUCUAAGAUUUGUUGAAUACAGAUUGGCUAAAACAGAGUCAGAGAAUAAAACUAUUAAAGAUGCGAUGGAGUCUCUAUUAGAAGAAAUCUCAGAAAAAUCCUCAAAACUCGAACAAGAGCACGAGAAAACUUUAGCUUUAGAAAAAGAAAUCAAAAAUCUUGAGUGUGAGCUUGGAAAAGCUAGAGAAACCAAGCUCAACGAAAACAAAGAAUGAAGCAAAAAGAUUUUAAACCUAAAUGUUGAAGAAAACAAGCUCUGCCAAGAAAUAUCGUCUCUCAAAGAGUGCUUAGAGAUGGCAAAUGAAGAAAUCGCAGCUUUAAAAGACGCAAAAGAAAAAACAAAGGAAAAACUGAAAUCAAUUUUGAAAAGUCAGAGCGACCAAAGCUUUGUUGAGAAAGAAAUCGAAGACACAGAAAGAGAGCCAGUUCAAACCUAUGAGUAUGUUAAGCAAAUCCCAAUUCUCCAACAAGAAAUAAAAAGACUUUAUAAGGACAAUUGCAAGCUCUUUGAGAUCAUAAAGUCAGGCAAAUCCUUAGCACAUAUAAAUAGUCUUGUGCAGGAUUCUAACGGAAUUACUUAUCAUCAAGACAAAGGAAACUGUGGGAAAAAAAGAUGUGCAGCGAAUAACUCAAACGAAGACUCAGACUGAAUCCCAAUCUCUGUCUAUAAUGUGAUGAAAGAGUUCAAAGACGGGAAAAAUCUCACUGCCUCUGUCAUAAGUCAGCUGCUCACGAAAGUUUGCCAUUUGUGGAGUGAAAGGGAAUGCAACAGGAUAAAAAGACUGAAGCAGAAGUAUGAACACAAGUUAGAAGAAAUGAAAGCCAAACUAAUGGCUUCACAACCGCAAUCUCCAGCCUCACAUCGGUCUUCAGGACACAAGAGAUCGUAUUCGUAUAAAGACAGCAACAGCGAAAUUAGAAUUGAGAUACAAGAAUUAAUCAGAAAAGCAUAUGGGAACUUGAGCAACAAUGUAAUGCUGGCUAUCAGACAAGCUUUUGGGUUAAGUCCAUCUCUCAAGAAUAAACAAAGAGAAGAAGAACUAAGCGAUGUUGUUUUAAAGAUGGUUGGAGACUACACAGAAGUCAUUGUGUCGUAUUUUUUUUAA